AUGCCUCUGGAAGCUGAGCUAAAAAUAACAAGGACGGAGGUGCCAAAGCUGCAGGAGGAUAAUAAAGCAUUCGACUGGCUCACUAAAUUGAAGAAGACCGCUCUCUUGGAUGCUGAACGUAUGGUUCAGAUGGCUCUAACAAAAGCCUCCUUGGUUGAUGAUCCAAUCGCCCCUUUUUCCUUCAAACUCUCAUCGUCUUCCCCAAAGUUUCCUCCUUUUUUGAUCGAGACCUGCUCUUCCUUGCCCAAGUUAGCUACUUUAUCUUCAAAGGCCACAACUUUUUCAUCUCCGGCAUCCAAAAUCAUUCCUUUUUCAUCGUCAGCGGCCGGGUAUAUGACAGUUGAUGGUUUGCAGAAGAAAAACCAAGAGCGUGACAAACAGAUUGAGAUUUGCAGGCAAAAGGUUUCAGAAAAGGAGAAGCUAACGCAAACAGUUUUGGAACUCGAAGAGCUUGUUUUGGCUUGAGGUGUGGCAGCUGUUCAUGAAUACCAUAGAGAAGUGCAAGAAAUAAAUGAUAUUUUUGUGCGUUUCUCGCCUUUCUGUUUGGGCCUCUUUCACACACAAUUCUGCCACUUGAAAAGUUUAAAGGCAAGUAAAUAAUCACCGGCAUGUAAGUUAAGUGUUUCUUGAACUUUUUUUGCAUGCACAUACUUUACCAUUUUGAAAAAAGACACGAACUGCAGCCCCCUAAUGCGACUCAUGUGUACUGCAAACUGUUGCUUUUUGACUAACUUUUACUGCUGUACAUAACUUAAUCAUUUUGCCAUGUUGUUUUACCUUUUCUUGAGAGCCAAAAUUACUGACAUCUAUCGGUGAUUAGAUGCUUAAUAGUUAUGGUUAUCACAUGGUUAUGUAUACAAGUUAUUUUGCCGCCUUUUGCUUGUACUUGUUACUAGUGGAACAAAAUGAACUGCUAUAAAUAAAUUCUGGUUUUUUGGCAUGCUUAUUUGUACUCUGUUUAACUUGUCCAAACAUAUACGAAGAUUAAAAAUAUCAAUAACACAUCAAUACAGUGGGAUGUGACUGCCAGUAAUAUACUAAAUUCCACCAAUUCCUUUGUUUUUUAAUCGUCAUUUAAUGCAUUAAUAUGUACAUAUUUCAACAUUUAUUAAACAACUAUGCAUAUUAACCAACAAAUCAUUGUUGGUUCCUUAUUCCUCAAACCAAAAAUCGUCUUUCAAAUACUUUACCAUUUAAUCAAGAUACAUUUCACUUUACUACUUUAGAUUGAAAUAAUAUGUCUAAGUUGGGGACUUACGAAGGAUUCUCAUGAAAAUAACAGAACUCGAGAAAAGUUAAUUGAAAGAUUAGUAAGAAUAACAAAAUAAUAAAAUAAAAAGAAAGAAAUACUAUUGAAGGGGAAGACUAUCACCGUCUUCUCCAUGGUGCAAUCUGCAAUUACACCUUUACUAGUACAACACCCAUGUAUUACAUGGAUGAGGACGGUGCCUCAUCCCAGACCGUUCAUAGACCGAUUCAUAAAAG